AGCUAUUUGCUUAUUUGUCGCCGUUACUACUUCUACCUGGUGAAAUCUUGAAUAUUGAAUCAAGAUGGUCUAAUUUGCUGUUUCGCGCAACAAUUGGCAGCAUCAUCCACAGGACCAGCAUGCAGCGGCUGCGAGUUCGCCGCGUAGGGGGCCAGUUCGUGUCUUCGUACUCCACUUCCAGGGAAGUAGUAGUACAACAACUCCGACCACGUGGCUCUUGUGGCCUGAGCGAAAAUGAAAAUAUAGUAGCGAAAGGACCACCAACUCCAACAACACUGCGCCCACGAUUUUAUUUCCUCUCGCGCCGCCCUCUCCACACCAUCGCGGUUGGGUCCUGCAAAGGGGGGGUGGGAAAAAGUUCGAUUGCGCUCAAUCUCGCCUUCCAACUCGCCGUAUGAAUUGCAAAAGUGUCUGGGUCUGGAAGGAUGUAACCUGUGAUGCGCAUUUCAGAACACAGAAAAAUCUCUCAUGCAUAGGUAGCAAAAGGAAAAGCUGCCCAGUUUCUGUCACCAAACUGGGGGAUUUGUCAUGCGAAUUUGGCAUUGCGGAAGCUUCUCGAAACCUGUGAUGCUAGAGCUUCCAUGCCAGACCUUCUGCGUCAUGCAGAAAUAGCAUGGCUUUGACUCUUCCAGACCCCGACAUUUUUACAUUUGAUACGCCGGGAAAAAAAACAAGAAGGUGGCUCUCUGCGACCUCGACGUCUACGGACCCAGUUUGCCGUUUCAAGUCCCGAGGAACCGGAUCCACGAGAAGCAUUUUAAUAUUUUCGGGCCGGAGAAGAGCGAGGCACCAAGUCCAUCGGAGAAGGACAAGAAUGCGCUUCGUCCCCAGGUGGACUUCGAUCCCAAAACGCAGCUGAUAAAGCCCGUGGAAGUUUUCUGCGAUGAAGGAGACUACAACGCCGACAUUGAUAGGCGACCGGGCGCACCAUCCAGGACAAGAAACACAGUGCAAACCAUGUCGCUCGGGUGGCUGAGGCCGGAUGAGCACGCCGCGCUUCGGGGGCCCAUGGCUUCGGGAAUCGUGCAACAGAUGCUCAAAAACGUGGAUUGGCGCCCAGACCUGGAUAUCCUGUGCAAAAGGAUCGUACUCGUAUUGCAAUCAUGCAUUACAAAUCUUUUUCUUGAGGUAUUUUCUUGAGGUAAAUCCGCAUUACAAAUUUUUUCGAUUAUGCUGAGGAAAUAAUGCAUUUGUACGAGUGCGAUACUUUUUCAGUUCAUACUGGAUUACUUGGUGCUGGAUUUGCCGCCCGGGACGGGGGACAUCCACUUUUAUUGAUUGGAAAAUUUUUGUUGCACACAGAAUCCACAUCCAGCACUUUUUCUUUAAACUUCACGAUUUCCAGCAUUAUUGUUUCGCUGCAACCUAUCACGACCUGAGGCAACUUUCUUGGGCUUUUUCUGUCGCAUUUUAUUGCAACACUCCAUCCAUUUAUACCUGGCAGGUGUUUCUUGGACAGAGCACCAUCCAAGAAGCUGAAGUAUUCGUACCUACAAUUGUUCUAGUUUUAUGUGCAGUGCAAAAUUUUUUUCCACCAUGAUUUCUGAACCGUUGCACAGCAGAUCCGGGUAGACUACUGUGUCAUGAUAACCACGCCGCAGCUGCUUUCGCUCGUCGACGUGGAGAAGGGCAUCAAGAUGUUUCACGAAGUGGGAAUACCGACCGCAAUACUGGUGGAAAACUUCUCUUUUUUCACUUGCGAAAACUGCGGCCACGAUAACCAAAUGUUCCUGACAUAUCCAGGGCAAAACGCGCAGAAAAUGGCAACAGAUUUCGGGCUGCCGCAUUUUCUACAGCUCCCCUGGGAACCCGAACUGACGCGGCCACACUCGAUUUAUGUUUUGGACCGCGAGGAUGUUGAACAAGAGCACGAUCUUCACCCGCACCGUACUAGCGGACGAGAUCAUGAUCCGUCGGAGGUGGAUCUUCACGCACUUCCGUUGGAAGGAGCCAGGGAACGUCAGCCAAAGACCACGACCCGCAGCACGAGAUCUAGUACGAGCACCAUAUUACCUCUUGCAAGUAGCACCGGUGUAUCUGUACGCGCAGUGAAGAUGCGGGAACAGUUGGCGAAGCUGGCAGAGUGUGUGGAGACUCUCUGUUGUACUACGUCUUCUACUUCUACUUCUGGUGCUCCUGCGCCAAGGAACAAUAGCACAGUGGGACCACAAGCGGGCCUAAUGGCAGACGGGUACGAACUGACGUUUCCGAAAGAUGAAAACGGAGCUGGCGCAGCCUCAGCCGACCGCGUAUCUCUCGUGGUGCAAAUCCUGAAAGACGGAACUUUUCUCGGCAAAAUUCCCGCGAGGAAGCUGCGGCUAAGCUGCAGAUCCGCGGUCAUGUAUGCUGAGCAAAAACGUCCCCACCCCAGAGUUGUCAUGCAAAUCCGCAUGCCAAGAAAGUUGCUCAUGCUGAGCCCCAUGGGAAGUAUUUUCUAGUCGUGUUUUGGAAUUUGUGAUGCUAGAAUAAGCAUGAUAAGCUAGAUCUGUGAUGCUGCUGAAAUAGCAAAACAGGACUAAACUACGAGAACAAACUUGUCAUGCGAAACCGCCGAAGCUGGUUGAUUUGUCUAGCAGCUUUCCCAUCUUGACUCUGGUGUGGGGACGUUUUUACUCCGGAUAUCAUGUAUGAUGAAUUCACGGGGGAAAAGCUGUUCAAAGAGGACGACAUACCACUCGACGUGUACCCAAAAAAAAUCGAGCCGGCCGGUCGGCUAUCAAAUGCAAAAGUGUCUGGGUCUGGAAGGAUGCAACUUGUAAUGCUAUUUUCGGAUUCUAAAAAAAAUCUGUGUUGCAUGACAGGCAAUAGGAGUCCAGUUUUUGCCACGUGGAGAGGGCAUUUCUCAUGCAGGACCACAUGCAUCAAGAAGCACUCAGAAAAUCUGUGAUGCUAGGGCAUACGUCACAGCCGUCAUGGGUCAUGUCAGGCGUGCAUGACAAAUCUUCCAAUCUUCCAGAACCAGACACUUUUGCAUUUGAUAUCGGUACGCGGUGUCGGUCACGUGGAGUGACAAGCACAGCAGCCUCUUUCCGUGGAAAAAGAUCUUGCCGCUGAUGGAGGAGCAGGAACAUCAAGGAAAGAGCCAGUAAAUCUGUAUUGCGUUAUUUGCGCAGCAUAAUUGCACGAAAGACCACGGCGCUUUUUCUGCCACUGAUCAUGUUCCAUCCUGUGCUGCGCGCGUGCCGAGAGCUAUGCGGAAAAGUACAACUCAAAUGCAAAACAAAGAUGUGAUAAUUCUGCAACCUUUGAAGAACAAAAACUGCACUGCUAUGAAGUAGAACACUGCACUGCAACUGCUAUGAAGAACAU